AUGGGUUCCAUUGCCGUCACCCACGAGCCUGAAGUAGGCGAGCGUCUUCCAAACGGGCUGCUUAAUCAAUGGCAUUCUCAACCUCGGAAACUGAGGAUCAUCCAUGUCGGCGCCGGCGCCACGGGCCUCUGCACAGCUUUUAAAAUGGAGCGACAACUGACCGACUACGAGCUGGUGCUGUAUGAAAAGAAUGACGAGAUCGGCGGCACCUGGUACGAAAAUCGAUACCCAGGCUGUGCGUGCGAUGUUCCUGCUCACAUUUACACCUACACUUUUGAGCCGAAUCCAAAAUGGUCAUCUUACUACGCCUACUCUCCAGAGAUACAGGACUACUUUGUGGGAUUCGCCGAGAAGUACAAUCUGCGCAAAUAUGUCAAGCUCAAACACAAGGUUCUUGGGGCCAAAUGGGACGAGGGGAAAGGCGAGUACGAAGUGAAGAUUCAGAGUGGCGACAAGGUCAUCACGGACUGGUGCAACAUUUUGAUGAACGGCUCUGGUUUGAUCAACAAGUGGAGAUGGCCCGAGAUUGAUGGCUUGCAUUCCUUCAAAGGACCCUUGAUCCACUCAGCCGCCUGGGACGAAUCGGUUGACUUCAAGGACAAGAGAGUGGCUAUCCUAGGUACAGGAUCUUCAGCCAUUCAAAUCGUUCCAGAAAUACAGAAAGUCGCAACGAAGCUGGUAUGUUUCAUGAGGAACCCAACAUGGAUCGCUCCUCCGAUGCCUCGUGUGCAGGUCGAUGCCGCCCUGCCAGACGGUGAUCACCCUAACAAGGAAGCGGACAACCCGGAUAUCAAGCAAUACUACUACAAGCCACAUGAGAUCCAAAAAUUUGAGUCGGAUCCUGAAUUCCUGCUUAACUACCGCAAGAAGAUUGAAUACGCAAUCAACCAGGGGUUCGCAAUCUUUUAUAAAGACUCGGAAGCCUCCAAGAUGGCAGAGAAGUAUAUGAAAAAUGACAUGAUCCGACGACUACAAAACCACCCUGAACUCACCAAGAAGCUGAUCCCAACUUGGUCGGUUGGUUGCAGGCGACUAAACAUCGACAGGCGCCUCACACCGGGUGAUGGCUAUCUGGAAGCCCUCAUCAAGUCCAAUGUAGAGCCGGUGUAUGAUGAGAUUAUCGAAAUUACCAACGACGGACUGCGUACUGGCGAUGGUAGCUUCCACGAGGUGGACAUCAUCGUUUGUGCUACAGGAUUUAACAUGGCGUGGACGCCUCAUUUCCAACUCACUGGCAUCAACGGUCAAGAUAUCAAAUAUUCAUGGAGCCCGAACCCUAACUGUUAUCUCGGGAUGGCGGCACCGGGCUUCCCCAAUUACUUUGUCAUAAAUGGUCCUAGAGGUAAUCUGUGCAACGGUACUGUGCUUCCGUGCCUCGAAACCGAAAUUGAAUAUGUGAUCAAGGCCGCGAAAAAGAUGCAAACAGACCGCAUCAAGGCGAUGGACGUCUCUGCAGACAUCACCACCAAGCUCAACGAGUACGUAGACAAAUGGCAUACGACGGGUGUCUGGUCCAGUGACUGCAAAAGCUGGUACAAGAACAACACUGUGGAUGGUAAGAUCAUGUGCUGGGGGGGAUCGUCUAUCCAUUUCCUUAAGUGUAUCAAAUACCCCCGCUGGGAACACUGGAACAUGUCUUAUCUGGACGACGACCCAUGGGGGUUCUUGGGCAACGGAAAGACAGAAGGCGAGACCAAGGGUGAUUACGAUAUGAUGACCCCCUAUCUGCGCAACUCGGAUGUUGAAUGGGACAUCUCUUAG